GCUCAGAGGUGAUGUCAUUUCCGCUGUGCCACUCUGAAAUGUUUUUUUUUCCACGCAGGAAGCGUCUUGUUUGAAGUUGGAUUUUGAGGCGCGAUGGGAGUCACUUGCGUGUCCCAGGUUCCGGUGGCGGAGGGGAAGAGCGUGCAGCAGACUGUGGAGAUGCUAAACAGGAAGCUGGAGCAGCUGGGUGCCGUGAAGCAGGGCUACUUCUGUGUGGACUGCGAGACCUACCACGCAGGGGCCGUCGGCAUUCCCGGCCAGCCCCCCAAGUUCCUGUACGUCAUGCACAACUCGGAGGCUCCGCUCAGCUGCUUUGCUCUUUUUGAGAACGGACCCUGCCUGGUGGCUGACCCCAACUUCGACGUGCUGAUGAUCAAGCUGAAGAGCUACUUCCAGAACGCCAAGAGCAACAAGGUGGAGAGCCGCGGGGCGCGCUACCAGUACUGCGACUUCCUGGUCAAGGUGGGCACUGCCACCAUGGCGUCCAGCGCGCGUGGCAUUACCGUGGAGGUGGAGUACUGCCCAUGCGUCACAGCCAACGACUGCUGGAACCUGCUGAUGGAGUUCAUGCAGAGCUUCCUGCCCUCUCACGUGCCCGGUGUGCCGUCCGUGUUUGGCGUGAAGACAGACGGGGUGUACAGCCUCUCCGACACCAUGGCACAGUACCUGGAGCUCUUCGGCAAGCUCCGGAAACAGCAGGCAGCAACGGGGAGCGGCAUGCGCUGAGAGGGUACCAGGAGGUUCUUUUGAGAGGAGACUCGGGAUAGACGCUCUCUCUCCCUCUCUCUCUGUCUGUCUCUACUGCAGCUUCGAUCGGACUGACCCUCGCUCUCCACCAGCUUACUAAGAGUUUCUGUAGGUGACACCUGCAGUGCCAGGCUACGAGAAAUCAGCCCUACAAGUGACUUUGAAAGAAAUCAAAGAAUGUGUGUGUCAAGAAUUAACAAAGGAGUUCCAAGUUUACUCAUAGUUUUAAACACUCUCUUAUCGUAAAGGUGUUCUGUUUCUGUAGUGCAGUGCCACUAGUUGCUUUGUAAAAAUCUUAGAAACAAGAAGACCUGGUCAGUGCUUUUUGUGGUGUAAGUCUACAUUGUUUUCUCAUUUAUAUGAGUGGAUAUUGAGUGAUAAUCCAGAAUAAAGAACUCAUGUCAGGUGGGAGAUGAGCUCAGCGUCACCCAGGGGUUCCAUGACUCUCAGGAUUGACUGAGCAGCCCUAGUCAUGUCAAGCAGAUUCAUGAGCAGGUCAUUCCAGGGCAUGCUGUGAACUUUUAUCAUUGAGUAAAGUAUGUGUUUUU